ACCUCGUUGUCGCCAAAGCUAGGCGCCUCAAACAGUAACUUGCUGAUCGCAGAGCCAUCGACAUGAGGACCUGGGCCUUAACAUUAGUGGUCAUAUUCCUGGCCAGCUCCUGCUCGGCAGCUCCCGCCUCCCAACACAGGAUAGAAACCGAUCCUGAGUUGACAGCUGGCUAUAUGGAAGGGGACAUGGUCCCUAGUCCGGAGGGAAGGAACGGACUUCGCAACGAAAACUACAGAUGGCCAAACCGCGUUGUCUAUUAUUACAUAAAUCGCGAUAUUGACACCGAGCAUCGCAACCAUAUUCUAAGGGGAAUUCGCAUAAUAGAGCAAAGUUCCUGCUUGGUUUUCAAGGAGGCCACCACUGAUCAGAAGUAUUAUGUGAAUGUUACCUCAGAGGCUGGAGGCUGUUUCUCAUAUGUGGGCUAUCGCAACCGGGUUCAGCAGCUGAAUCUGCAGAACUACGCACUGGACACCGGCUGCUUCCGUCUGGGAACAAUUGUCCACGAGUUCCUGCAUGCCCUUGGCUUCUAUCACCAGCAAAGCACAUGGAAUCGCGAUGACUACGUCCGAAUUGCUGAGGAAAACAUAACUGAGGGCACUGAAGGCAACUUCAGCAAGUACAGCAACGAAACCGUUGAGGACUACGGAGAACCCUAUGAUUACUCAAGCGUACUGCACUACACGGCCUAUGCGUUCUCGAAGAACGGAGAGAUGACCAUUGUGCCGCUGCAAGAAGGUGCCGAAGAACUUAUGGGACAGCGAUUGCAAAUGACCCAGUCCGAUAUAAACAAACUGAACGUAAUGUACAAGUGCCCCCGACAGGUGUAAUACGUAAAAAGAGUUCAUAAAGCAAAUGUAGAUGUCUUAAUCCAA